CUACGUUGGUCUGUCGCGCGGUUCGGAAGCAAGCUUCCCCCUUCGAGAGGAUUAGCUGGAUUGUGGUGAACAAACAAUAUUACACUUCAUUCCUUUUUGGCGGUUGUGUCAUUAAAGGUGACCGAAGCUGUAAGUUGCCGCGACGCGACGCGAACAAUUAGAAGAAUCGAACGUGCAGAAGACUAGGUGUAUGCGAUAUUCUGGGCGGUAUUCUACACCAGAUACAAUUUCAAUCAAUUCGAGUUGAGCAAGUUAACCUGUUUCCAGCAGCAAUUCUGUUCGAUUGAUUUAUUGUCGUUUGAUGAGUUACGAAAAGUGAUUCAAUAUGUGCACUUGAACGAAUCUGGAGAGAUCGAGUGUAUUCAGUGCUGGUUGUAAUCAAGCUGUGCAACUGCAUGCUGUAAGUUAUUUAGUUAAAAUUUUGAAAGAUGUUUCAAACUGUUUGGAUUCUAAAAUGUAGAGUGAUUUAAGUGACUAACAAAAAAUAACAAUUAAUAAAAGGAAAGACUGCAAGACUGUUACGAAUUAAAGAAAGUUUCAUCCAAUAUUGAGACCGAUCGAUAGCACUGGCGAUAGCUGGACAAAGACGCUCGUUAAGCCGAUAGGAUACAAAGUUUCUAGAUAUGAAGUACAUGAUUUAAGCGUCCUCGCUCGUCAGUACCGGGGCUACGAACACUGAAUUGAUUGACUAACUGCAUCGGCUAACUUACUGUCACACCUCCCGCGGCGGGGCUGGUCCUCUGUUUGGCCCAUAGGCAUAGCGGGCCUACGGCAACCGGGGAGGACACAGCAAUCAUUACCGACAUUAACGUUGCUGACGACGUGUCCGCCAUCAUUUCCACCCCGACUGCCGUUGCCGUGGUGGAGCGCGGACAGCUAUGUAUGGUCUGCUGCUGGAAAAUCUGUCCGAGUAUGUGAAAAGUGUGUACGGAGAAGACAAGUGGGAUGACAUCCGUCGUCAGACCGGAAUUUCGUCGCCGUCAUUCAGCGUGCACGAUGACUACGACGAGAAUCUGCUCAAUCAUCUGGCGACGAAGGCGCAGGAAAUCCUCGGCGUAUCCGAACGUGAAUUCAUGGAUCAGAUGGGGGUGUAUUUCGUGAACUUUGUCAGCCAGUACGGGUACGACCGGGUGCUAUCGGUGCUUGGCCGCCACAUGCGUGACUUCUUGAAUGGGUUGGAUAAUUUGCACGAGUAUCUCAAGUUCUCCUAUCCGCUGAUGCGCGCCCCCAGCUUCAUCUGCGAGAAUGAAACCCGUCACGGACUAACGCUGCAUUACCGCACCAAGCGCAAGGGAUUCGUCUACUAUACAAUGGGACAAAUUAGACAGGUGGCGCGUCAUUUCUACCACAAGGAAAUGCAGAUCUUUCUGGUACAGUCGGAUCUGCUGGGGGAAACCAAUCACUACACCUUCCAGUUGACGUUCGACAAUAGAGCCUUUUCGCUGGCAACACUGGCUAUGACACGAGAGGAGAAACAUUUACCUAUUAGCGCCUCGGUGCUGUUCGAGAUUUUUCCGUUUUGCAUUGUUUUCGGGGCCGACAUGGUCGUACGCAGCAUAGGGAAUUCGUUGAUGGUUAUUAUUCCUGAUCUGCUGUCCGAGAAGAUUACGGACUGGUUUGAGCUGAGGCGACCGCUAAUUGCGUUCAAAUUUCAAACGAUUUUGAAUCGCACCAAUAACAUAUUCGAGCUAGUCACAAUGGAAGCCGUAAAAAAGCGACCGGAAAACCAAAGAAAGACUGAAAUUUUCCUCAGUGAGCAGGAAAAUGGCGAGGAAGUCGAGAGGCAUCUGCGAUUAAAAGGUCAGAUGAUCUACAUGGAGAACUGGCGCAUGAUAAUGUUCCUGGGAACGCCGGUCAUGCCGAAGCUAUCCUCGCUGAUCUCAACCGGUUUGUAUAUAAACGAUUUGUCGAUGCAUGACUUUAGUAGAGAUCUCAUGCUGGCUGGUACCCAGCAAUCGGUAGAGCUUAAGUUAGCCCUGGAUCAGGAGCAGCAAAAGUCGAAGAAACUGGAGGAAUCGAUGCGUAAACUGGACGAAGAGAUGCGCCGCACGGACGAGCUUCUGUAUCAGAUGAUUCCGAAGCAGGUGGCCGAUCGGUUGCGGCGAGGUGAAAACCCGAUCGAUACCUGUGAGAUGUUCAACAGCGUUUCGAUUUUGUUUUCGGACGUGGUGACCUUCACGGAGAUCUGCAGUCGGAUUACGCCGAUGGAGGUGGUUUCGAUGUUGAAUGCUAUGUAUUCGAUAUUCGACACACUGACAGAGCGGAACAAUGUAUAUAAGGUGGAGACGAUAGGAGAUGCCUAUAUGGUAGUUUCGGGAGCUCCUGAAAAAGAACAGAACCACGCCGAAAAGGUUUGUGAUAUGGCCUUGGAUAUGAUUGAGGCUAUAACGGAUCUCAAGGAUCCUUCAACUGGUACCCAUUUGCGAAUACGCGUGGGAGUCCAUUCUGGUGCUGUAGUGGCGGGAAUUGUUGGACUGAAGAUGCCUCGCUACUGUCUUUUUGGUGAUUCUGUAAAUACGGCCUCCCGAAUGGAGUCCACUAGUCAAGCGAUGAAAAUUCACAUAUCACAAUCAACGAAGAACUUCUUGCCUGCGAACUACCGAGUGUCUGAGCGGGGUGAGAUCGAUGUCAAAGGCAAGGGUACGAUGAAAACCUACUGGUUGGAUUGCAAGGAAAAUAGACCUCCACUGCAGAUGUUGGCCGACGAGGUGAAGAGGCCUUCGAUCGAGUAUAUUGAGUCUAAGGACCACCGAUCGAGCAUGUCUGUCUACAAUAUGCCGAACAAACACUCGAGCGGAGGGCUGAGUUCAGCGGGAUCGGAAGAUCGACGCGUGUACUCACCGGUGACUUUCGAGGACGUCGCUCGACGCAGUACCGCCAAUUCUCCAGUGAAGCUGCACGCUUUUGGUCCGCGGCGUGAAAGUCGCUCAAAUUCAACAGGUCAUGCGUUUCUACACAGCGUUUCUGAUGUGUUUGGGUCCUUGAUUAGUGACACGGAAGAUUUCCUGGAAGAUCUUCAGCAUCGAAAUUCACUCAGCAAUACACAGUACACUUCGUCACCUCCUUCAUCCUGUGCGUUCAGUCCACCACCGGCAUUCAGGUCGAAAAAUAAAUCUUUCGUGCCGCGACAUUACAACAAAGAGGAGGUGGAUCUCCUAUCGAAUACUACAACCUCAGCUCAUAGUUCAAUCGAUCAUGGUUAUCAGCAGGAAACAGCGAAAAAACCAAACCUCGUCAGCAGAUCUCAUGUGAUUUCAACCUCCACCUAUGAGCAGCAGAAAGCAAUAAGCAGGAAGGCUAAACUGGACAGCGUCCAGCAGAAGCAGAGCGAUGCUUUACAGAAGUUGGACAAAAUGGUCGAGGAGAUCUGCGACACGGAGCUGCCGGCAAUGUGCUUCAUGAACCCGCCAAUAUCCCGAUCGGAGGGCAAUAUUUGCAAAACGAACUGCAAUAGACUCAAGGCACCUGCACCAUCACCCCCUGCACCGCCUCCGGGAUGUGAAAACGCACGACUAGUGUCGCAGCAUUGUCAUGGCUGCGGCGGUUCGUCUCCGGCUCCGGUUGGUGCUGGCGGCGGCACCGGAAGCGGCAACAGCAGUAAGCUGCCGCAUAGUUUUAGUUUUUCCCAUGCAAAAGAGCACAAGUGCUGUUCCGGGUAUGCCGCGGCCAUGGCAGCCCACCACCAGACCGAACGCCACCAUAAAGUGCACUCUAACGCUUGUCAGAUACUCUAGAGUUAACCGAAGACGCUAGGUUUCGGGCUGCAAGGUAGGGCAGCCAGUGUGCUGACCCUAGCUGUAGGUUCUUUUUUGUUUGAUUGUUGUACGCUGAGUUGGACUAGAACCGUGAUCUGUGUAUAGUAGGAUAUUAUUAAUAAUUAAUUGUGAUGAUUAGGAGUAGAAAGUGUUGGCUGGAAUGACAGAAGUUUUGCUGAGUUUUGCGAAAUUUCUUGAGAAGUUUAUUUUUGUACGAUAUUUUUUUUAAGUGUGUUGCGACUGUAGUAUGAAAAUAGAAAUGCACUAGAAUGCACUAUACUUCCUUCAGUUUCAAUCUAAUUGACUGUUGUCGAAAUUAGCGCUUUGUUUUUCCACAGACUACUUCUCCAGCCUAUUUAUUUAUAUAAUUAUUUAUUUAUUUAACAAACUUUUAGAUACAAAACUGUAAAUAUAAAUGUCAAAUUUUGUACUGAAAUCAACCUAUAAGCCUUAAAUUGUAGACCACAUUUUUUAACCAUUCCGAUUUAUAAGAUACAAAAAAUUUACCCUAAAGCUCAAACUGGAAAAGAUAGUUGAUUAUGGCUUUUUGCGCGAUUUUGAUGCCCCCGUCAAAGAGAGAGAGAGAGAGAGAGGAAGAGAUAGAGAGAGAGAGGGAGAGAAAGAUAGGAAGAGAGACAGAGAGAAACAUAGAGAUAGAGAGAGAGAGCUACAAAGAGAGAGAUAGAGAAAGAAAGAGAAAGAUAGAGAGAGAAAGAAAGAGAAAGAAAGAGAAAGAUAGAGAGAGAUAGAAAGAGAUAGAGAGAGACCGAGAGAGAUAGAGAGAGAUGGAAAGAGAUAGAGAGAGAUGGAAAGAGAUAAAGAGAGAUGAAAAGAAAUAGAGAGAGAGAUAGUGAGAUAGAGAAAAAUAUGGAGAGAGAGAGAGACAGAUAUGGAGAGAGAGACAGAGAGAAACAGAGAGAGAGGUAGAGAGAGAGACAGAGAGAGACAGAGAGAGACAGAGAGAGACAAAGAGAAACAGAGAGAAACAGAGAGAGAGAUAGAGAGAGACAGAGAGAGAUAGAGAGAGAUGGAAAGAGAUAGAGAGAGAUGGAAAGAGAUAGAGAGAGAUGGAAAGAGAUAGAGAGAGAUGGAAAGAGAUAAAGAGAGAUGAAAAUAAAUAGAGAGAGAUGGAAAAAGAUAGAGAGAGAAGGAAAGAGAUAGAGAAAGAAGGAAAGAGAAAGAGAGAGAUAGCUAGAGAUAGAAAGAUAUAUA